GUUCCAAAGCGACCAACUAAUCGGUCGCUGUGUCAGAAACAUGGCGGCCUUCAGUAGAUAUGUAACAGCAAAGAAUUCCUCAAUAGCAGGUGGCGUUUUGCUGGUUUUAUACCUGCUGAAACGCAGACGACGGACGCACAGACAGGACGGUAGAAAAGGAGGCUCUGAUCUUGUCUUGAACACUGAGAAAGAUGGCAGAAAAGAUCGAGCAGGAGUGGACAAGGAUUUCUUCCUCAGAAUCUUCCAGAUUGUACGGAUCCUGGUGCCUCGAUUAUUCUGCAUGGAGACUGGAUACCUAAUGCUUAUCGCUGCCAUGUUAGUGACCAGGACCUACUGUGACGUAUGGAUGAUCCAGAACGGCACCAUGAUUGAAAGUGCAAUUAUCGGUCGCUCAACAAAAGAUUUCAAGAUUUUCUUGUUCAGCUUCAUGAAAUUCAUGCCACUUAUUGCCUUGGUGAACAACUUCUUGAAGUUAGGCCUAUAUGAGUUGAAGCUGAGGUUUCGUGAGAGGCUAACAGAGAACUUGUAUGACCAGUAUCUGCAAGGUUUCACCUUCUACAAAAUGGGAAAUCUGGACAACCGGAUAGCCAAUGCAGACCAGCUAUUGACACAAGAUGUGGAGAAGUUCUGCAACAGUGUGGUGGACCUUUAUUCCAACCUAAGCAAGCCUAUUCUGGAUAUUGGUCUGUACAUCUUCAAGCUGACAAGUGCCAUUGGUGCUCAGGGCCCAACUGUCAUGAUGGCAUACUUGUUGAUCUCAGGUCUGUUCCUGACUAGACUGAGGAGGCCAAUGGGCAAGAUGACAGUCACAGAGCAGCGCUACGAGGGAGAGUACCGUUAUGUAAACUCUCGCCUCAUCACCAACAGUGAGGAGAUUGCCUUCUACAAUGGGAACACGAGGGAAAAACAGACCAUCCAUGCCACGUUCAAGAAACUGGUUGACCACUUGCAUAACUUCAUCUUCUUUCGCUUCUCUAUGGGAUUUGUAGACAGCAUGAUUGCCAAGUACCUGGCCACUGUGGUGGGCUAUUUGGUGGUUAGCCGGCCUUUCCUAAACCUGUCCCACCCCCGACACCUGCACAGCACACAGUCUGUGCUGCUGGAGGACUACUACCAGAGUGGGAGAAUGCUCCUCAGAUUGUCCCAGGCCCUGGGCAGGAUUGUACUGGCUGGCCGAGAGAUGACCCGCCUCUCAGGAUUCACGUCUCGUAUUACAGAACUCAUGAAAGUCCUGAAAGAACUGAAUGCUGGCAAAUAUGAGCGCACCAUGGUUUCCCAGCAAGACAAGGAAACGGACACUACAGAGAAAGUCCUACUGGUGCCAGGAAGUGGUCAAAUUAUUCACAGAGAUAACACCAUUAAGUUUGACCACACCCCUCUAGCAACACCCAAUGGAGACAUCCUCAUAAAGGACCUCACAUUUGAGGUGAGCUCAGGCACCAAUGUCCUGGUUUGUGGACCAAAUGGCUGUGGAAAGAGUUCUCUGUUCAGAGUACUUGGAGAGUUGUGGCCUCUGUUUGGCGGACAACUGACAAAACCUGAACGAGGAAAGCUGUUCUAUGUUCCACAGAGACCCUACAUGACUCUGGGUUCUCUGAGGGAUCAAGUAAUUUACCCUGACACCUAUGAAGAACAGAAGAGAAAAGGCAUCUCUGAUCAGGUGCUGAAGGAGUACCUGGACAAUGUUCAGCUGGGACAUAUACUGGGCAGGGAGGGCAGCUGGGACUCAGUCCAGGACUGGAUGGAUGUUCUCAGUGGAGGAGAAAAGCAGAGGAUGGCUAUGGCCAGACUGUUCUACCAUAAACCCCAGUUUGCUAUCCUGGAUGAGUGCACCAGUGCAGUCAGUGUGGAUGUUGAGGAUUUCAUCUACAGCCACUGCAGAACGGUGGGAAUCAGCUUGUUCACGGUGUCUCACAGAAAGUCUUUGUGGAAGCAUCAUGAGUAUUAUCUCCACAUGGACGGGAGAGGAAACUACGAGUUCAAGCCUAUCACAGAGGAAACCGUGGAAUUUGGCUCAUAACUUCUAAUAAAACUAGUCCAUCCAUUCUUUGCACUCACGACAGAAGUUUAAACUAGAAAGCUGGCUAGCUCAAAGGAGAAAAUACGUUUUUAUCAUUUGUAACUCAGCCUUGGUUUCUUUGUUUUAAUUUAAAGCAUCACUCUAUCUAAUCAGGAAUUUGUCCAAUGUGAUUAUAUAACACCUGUAAAUUAUACUUAACAUCUACGUUGUACUUUCAUACACUUCAAAUUAUCGAAGGAAGAUGAAAGUAUACUUCACAGUUUUGGUCAUCUCUGCAUUUGCAGUCAUAUCUGGUAGUAAUGCAGUACAAUGGUAACGUACAUUAGGGUAGUGUGGAAAGAACACACCACAGUGACUUUUGAGGCAUCAUUUUCCACUGUAUCUACUUGAGUAUCCUGCAAAGGAUAUUACUGAUUUCUGUAUACAUUGGGAUACUAACACGUGUGAUGCUAAUACCAUGUAUGUUCUCAAUACAACUCUACCCAGUUAUUAGCCAAAAAGCACUUGGAAUAAGGAAGUUGUUAUCCUGAAUUAAUUCACAUUGGAAUCACUCUCAAAUCUCCAGAAACUGGCUGUAAAAUUUCAAACAAAAAGUCUGUUAGAUCAUCAACCGACCAUCUUCAUCAUUUGAUCCAAAUAUGAACCACAUUUAUCUCUAGAUAAUGUAAUGAUCAAGCAGGAAGCAUUCAUAUUAAGGGACUAAAAAAAUCUUUAACCACUCCCACUCUCAGCUUCCGUAGCUACAGGACAAAGAGUUAUAGAAUAUAAUUUUUCUGAAGCAAGUGUAGACUAAGGCUUUGAAAGGCUGACUGUAGCAUGGCGGCGAGCCUCUUGGGUAAACUCAGUCUCGUGGAAGGACAGCAUUUUUGUCUGAUUUGUGGAGCCACAAGUGUAUCCUUAAUGUGUGACCACCUACCUACAUAUCAGUGUCCUGGAUGUCUGUCAGAAGCUACUGCAAUAUGUCUGUCCCUCAGGCAUUCAGUAUUGAUGAUUAGAACUUUCCAAAUGUAACAGUACAUUACUGCUGUUUGGGCACAGACUAGGGACACAUCUGCUGCUAGUGCAGCACUCCUCUCCAGUCAUUUUAUUAUUUUGAAAAUUCCUGCUGUAAUAAAUGUUAUGGGUGCUUGAAAUGACACUUUAGUUGUCAUCGAGGACCCUGACAUGUAAAAUGACAGUCCUCUAUGCGAUGUAGCUGCCAGGGUGCUGUGGACAUGAGGAUGGGUCCUACUACCCUCAAAAUGACCUCAAUGACCUAUUUGAAGUCCCUGUAAUUAGGGGCUCUUCGAAGAGGGUACAUUUCUCAUAUUGUUCAAGGUCAACAUGUGGCCAUGUUAGAAGUGCUGACCAUUUUGAAAAGAGAGUGAUUAUAGAAAAAGUGUUACUUCAUUCAGUUUGUAUGCCCUUACUCCACAGUAGAGGCAGGGCAUUGUCUGUAGUCAUCAAGAGGAAAAGGUUCUUAAAUCAUGUUUCUGUGAGAACCAAUGGUUAAUCAUAUGAGCAAAAUGUUUUAAAUAGAGGUCAUUCUCAUCAAAAGGGUAAUGCACAUUAUUGUUAUUCUUUUUAUUAUUGUAAUCGCAUUGCUAUCUAAUUGCAUUUAUAUUAAUUUCUGUUUCAAUGUAAAAAUAAAUUUGGGGUGGGCAGGUGUAAAUUAAUUUGAACUUUGGAAAAUUAUAAUAACUGAUUUUACACACUGUAAACACUGUAGCUGGGAACUGGCAAUAAUGGUUUCUCUAUGAACGUCGCUGUAACCUGAAUAUGCAGGAAAGACCCUUCCCCAACCUCUCAGUCAUUACUCAGCCUGUUUCGCUUCUGCUACACUGACUGUGUUAAGAAAAUAUGAAGAAGGAGCCUUUGUUGUACCCAUGGUUUUAUAUGGAUAAACACGCAUUUAAGAUACUAAACAAUAAAAUGUAGGAAUUUUCAUAAA